AUGUCAGAUUCUACUACUGUUAAUUAUCCAACUGAAUUUAAAGGGUUUGCAAUCACAGAUCCAAAACAAUGGGAUAAUCCAAAAUUAACCUCAUAUCAACCAAAAAAUUUUGGUUCUCAUGAUAUUGAUAUUGAAAUUGAAUGUUGUGGUAUUUGUGCUUCUGAAUUAUUCAGUUUGAAAAAUGAUUGGUCUGAUGCUCCAUUAAAUUGUUUAUCAUCAAAAUAUGGUCCAAAAUCUCAAGUGGUAGGUCAUGAAAUCGUUGGUAAAAUUGUCGCAAUAGGUAAUGACGUAACAAUGUAUAAAAUUGGCCAACGUGUUGGUUUAGGUGCACAGGCUUAUUCAUGUUUGAAUUGUUCUCGUUGUAAAUCAAACAAUGAACAAUAUUGUCCUCAUGCUGUUGGUACCUAUUGUUCCACUUAUUCAGAUGGUUACGUAUCUCAAGGUGGUUAUGCAUCUCAUGUUCGUGCUUUGGAUCAUUUUUGUUUCCCAAUACCUGAUAAUUUAGAUUCUAAAUUUGUUGGACCUUUAAUGUGUGGUGGUUUAACUGUAUUUUCACCAAUUAAAAGAAAUAUUCAAGGAAUUGUCAACCCGAAAGUCGCAAUUAUUGGUAUUGGUGGGUUAGGUCAUAUGGCUAUUAUGAUUGCUAAUGCUUUAGGUGCAGAAGUUACAGCUUUUUCAAGAGGUAAUUCAAAGAAAGAUGAUGCUUUAAAGAUGGGUGCUCAUCAUUUUGUCGCUACUAGUGAAGACAAAAACUGGAUGACUAAUUAUAUUGAUUCAUUUGAUUUAAUUUUAAAUUGUGCUUCAUCAACUAAAGCUUUGCAAUUAAAUGAUUUAUUGCCUUGCUUAAAAGUUAAUAAAAAAUUCUUGUCGGUGGGUCUACCACAUAAAGAUGAAGAAUUCGAUUUAAAACCAAUUCAAUUCUUUUCAAAUGGUUGUACCAUUGGUUCAUCAAAAUUAGGCUCGCGUGAAGAAGCAAUUGAAUUAUUAUCACUAGCAUCAAAAUAUGAUAUUAAACCAUGGAUUCAAGAAAUUCCAAUUUGUGAAAAUGGUGUUCAUGAAGGUUUAACAAAAUUGGAUAAUGGUGACGUUAAAUAUAGAUUUGUCUUGACUGAUUUCCAUCGUUUCUUUAAUACAGGUAAAUAA